AUGGAGGGCGAGCUUUUAUCGGUGAAAGAAAAAGACAAGGAAGAAACUGAAGAAGAACUUUAUCACAACCAGGUUGAAGAACUAAGGUAUUCUAUUGCUGCCCUCCUGGCAGAGAAUGACAUGUUUGAACACUUUCUUGGCUGCGUGGAUCUUCAGGACCUGGAGCUUCAGGGUGAAGGAGAAAGUCCAAAAGCAGCAGAAGACUCCCAACUAGCUGAAGGGGGUGUUGAGACAAGGCAAAAGAUCUGCUCCAACUUAUCAGAUCAUUCCCAGCUGCUGACCUUGGAGCAAAAGCUUUAUGUGGUAAAGAAAGAAGUAACUGAUGCAUGGCAAGAACAGAAAGAACUUCAACAGAAAUAUAAAAAAAUCCUGGACAACUACAAGGCCUCUCUUGAAGAAGCAGAACUGCGUUUAGCUGAGAUCAGGAAGGCCAAGACAGAGUUUGAACGCAGACAGCUCAUAUCUAUGAAGGACAGACGACUGGAAAUGAAGGAGCCAGAGAAGGUGCUGCAGUACAUUGAGGACAGGUCAAAGGCCAAGUUGGAGAAGUUUACUCGGAAGAAUCAGACCCUGAAGGUCCAAGAGAAGAAGCUCUUGCAGCAACUCCAGCAGAAAGAACAACUGAGAAAUGUAGAUUUUGAGACUUUUCCUCCGGACUAUGAAGAGCCCAGAGAUGGCAAAAGCUAUAAUGAGCUUCAACGCAGCAGUUCUGAAGUAGAACGUGCCCUCACCCUACACAAGGAGAAGCUGCAGAGCGAGACGUUAGACUCAGCAGAACUGAGCAAUAAAAUCACCAAAAGAAACCAAAUGCUUGCAAAAAUUGACGAGGAGAUUCAGCGAGCUGAGAAGGAUUGUUUAAAAGUGGAGAGCCUGAACCAACACCUGCGCAAGGAGCUCACAGAUUAUCAGGCUCCUGAUAUCACAGACUACAUGAAUGCCAAGGACAAACAGAAGAAGCUGCAGCACAGCGUUCACACCUGGGAGAGAAAGGUUGGAAUUGCAGAGAUGGUCAUGAAGAUGCACACAAGAGAGAGAAACAAGCACAAGGUCACUCCUACUCCUGCAAACAGCACAGAGUCUGGAAGUAAAUCUGCUAAAGGUCAAAUUCCAAUGAAGCUCCCACACAUAGCAGAAAACCAUUCUUAG